UACACCUAGGAUGACUUGAGGCAAGCGAUGGGUCACCAUUCAGCGGCCGCAGUGAAUGAAUAGACGCUUCGCGGGGACGUAUUGCACAGCUAGAAAGCUAUUCUGGCAACAGCUGCCCGUUCACCGAGAGGGCCGAUGGUAUCUGCGCGCAGGAUAUAAUAAACGCAUCUAGCUUCAGCAGUGCGGGAAUAAGGUGCGACGAUGAAGCGAACAUGAUCAGCACCGAUGGCCCCUCCACCAAGUGCGAGGAGACCCGGGACGCCGGGAAGAGGGGCAGGCAGCCGCCAGAAAUGCUGCACCUCAUGUUCGCUGUGUCCGUGUGGCUGGUGACGGGCACCACUAUAUCCAGCCUCAACAAAUGGAUAUUCUCCGUGUACAAUUUCAGAUACCCGCUGCUUCUGUCAGCCCUCCACAUGCUGACGGCGAUGGUGGUGGACUACGGACUGAUCAAGUGCAGGGUGAUCCGGCACAGAGGCGUCUGCGAGCAGGAUUUAACCACCAGCGCCAAAUGCAAAGUAUUCCUGCUGAGUUUGACCUUCUGUGCUAGUAUCGCGUUUGGCAACGUGGGACUCAAUUAUGUGCAGCUUUCGUUCGCGCAGAUGAUCUACACCACCACGCCGCUGUUCACGCUGGCCAUUUCCACGCUGAUUCUGGGAAAGCAGCACCACAUCCUGAAGUACACCGCGAUGAUGCCCAUCUGCCUCGGGGCGUCGUUCAGCAUUAUGGGCGAGGUCCAGUUCGACCAGACCGGCUGCCUGUUUGUGUUCGCCGCCACUAUGUUAAGAGGCGUAAAAACCAUUCAACAAAGCAUCUUGCUCCAGGAGGAGAAGAUCAACGCUGUCUUCCUACUGUAUCUGAUGUCCAUCCCCAGCUUCUGCAUCCUGGCCAUAGCCGCCCUGGUUCUGGAGAACUGGGCCACGCUGCAGUCCCCUUUCCAGUAUGACCACCACCUCUGGGGUUUCAUCUUGCUCAGCUGCCUGGGUUCAGUGCUUUACAACCUGGCCAGCUGCUGUGUCAUCACCCUGACCUCCGCUGUCACGCUGCACAUCCUGGGCAACCUGAAUGUGGUGGGGAACCUGCUGCUGUCCCAGCUGCUGUUUGGGCAUGAGCUGACGGCUCUUAGCUGUGCUGGAGCUGCGCUCACCCUCUCAGGCAUGAUCAUCUACCAGAACUCAGAGAUCAUCGUAGCUUACAUCGACGCACGGAGAGCCAGGACACCAACCAGUGGCAGUGGAGAGGACAUGGUUUGUGUUAAGGAGAAUGACUCGAGCAUAUCAGAGACUCCAGAACCUUGUUCAGAAGAAGAAUUAUCUGCAGAAGCAGCUCAAGAACCUAAUGAGAGGACAGAGAAUCAGGUCCAUGAGAAAACGGACUGAAGAGACUAAAAGGCUGUGUUCCAAAACCUAGUGAGCUGCAGUGCUGCUGUCUAUAGCCAAAGUCCAUAAGGCAGCAAUUUUGUUCGUCAUACAAAUAGUGCUCCUCACCCAAAGCGCACGAGAAACUCCCCUUACAAAUGAUUUUAAAUCCCAAAGUGUACAUUGCUUUUGACUUGAACGCUAGAAUUUGCGUGCAGCUGAACACAUUCAAAUGAUACUUUAUUUGAUAUUGAGUGCUCGACACGUGGCCACUACAAAAAUGUCAACUUUGUCUAGUGUCUGCGCUGUUUGCUUCCAGAAGUUAUGGGUGAUAAAUAGUUUUGCUAAUGUUUAAACUAGAGUUGCGUGUAUCUCUUAUCAUCCCUUAACACAAGCUUUCGUCAACGUGGCCGUCUAUUGUUGUGGCCGAGUCCAGUGUGUUCACUGUUUUUUUUUUUUGACUUUAAAGUUGCCACCUUGUGGACAAACUAAUUAGUGCAAACAAAAAAAAAACUCACAUGUGAGUUGAUUGUACAGAGCAUGUGCGAUUAGAAAAAUCUGUCUGCGCACAUACAAACCAAAGUAUACUUUGGGCUUAAAGUUUGGCAUUAGCAUGUUGCUAAGCUAACACUGUAAUAUUCUAAUAAGCAUAAAAUACAGAGCACACCAAUAGUGGAUAAAAUACAUACAUACAUAAUUUCAGCCCUGAAUGAAUCAGAAGUAUAUUUACAUUCAAUGUUUGCCUGUUUUGUCCACUAUUUUGACUGAGCUCAUCACAGUGCAGUAUGUAUCAUAAAGGAUAUGUGUAAUUCAGAUACUAGGAAGCUUAGAUGAAGAUGGAUCAGCCUUCGCACUGGGAGUGGGUCUAUGAUAAUGCAGCCUACAUAGGCAGUUGACUAGGUUUUGGAACAGAAGACUGAGCAUCAUCCAGUGUUAGCUGGUUUAAUAUGGAGUCUGAUUAGAUACGAGGUGUCCUGGUUGGCGGUGAUGAUGAUGAUGAUGAUACUGGAGGUGUAGUUUUCCCCAGUACCUCCUCACUGUGCCAAUCUAUUUAAUUGCAGUCAUCCUUCCAAUGGAGAAGCACCAUCUACCAGAGACUGACUGAAUGACUGAGCACAGACCUUUUUUUAGCAGGUGCUGACCGCAACAGUUUGUUGUUAUUAUCUCUGUUUUUGCCAACACACACACUUAUAAGUGUGUGAAAACUCCUGCAAGAGCAGCGGGAAGAUCUCCAAUAUCCUGCCAUAUUCAUUCUGUGACUGUGUCUAUCUAAUGCACUGUGAAAUACAACUGCUCCGUUUGCUCUGGUCCUCUUUAACGGGCAGCAUAGCUGUUAAUGGACUUGUUCGCACUUUUUGAAUACUAGAGAUGGACACACAAAAAUACAUAGGAAUAAUGUAUUUUUAGAUACUGUAACUCAGCCGUCUUGAUUUGGUGAUAUGGGACGGUAGUUUUAAGGCAGCUUACUGUAGAAUGCCAUGUUUAAACAAGUAUGCUGUGUUUGUUACAGCACUAUCAGUUUUCAUCUUGGUUAUGUUUACAUAAUGGAGACAAGCAAGAAUACUGGCUCCUCGCUUGGGUUCACUUUUAUUCAGCUUGGUGCACUAUUCAGAAAUUUAUUUUAUACCUGUCUGGUUUAGUAGAAAUAGUCAGCUAAUAUUCUUCCUCAAAUUAAUACAAAUAUUUUUUUCUUCUUAUGUCAUUGCUGCAAUGCAUCUGAAUGUUUGGGGGGUUUUUUUUGCAUUACGGGAUCGACUUUUUUUCACAUUGCAGCAAUGAGAACUAGGAAAUUUUCUCUCCAAGAUUGUUUGGUUUUUUGAAGUGAAAUAUGACCGGGCCUGUUCCAGACAAGCUUGAGUUAGACUCGCCCAAACUAACAGCUGAGAAAGCUGAUUUAAAAAAAAAAAAUCAUGUUCCAUCAUAGGCAGGCAGGUUUAAACUGGUGCCUCUUAUGUAAUUCUCAGUGCAGGUAAUUAUUAAUAGGUUCCUCUAAGGAGUAUCAUACAUCUUUAGCACACUAUGAUCUCUUAGGAAAAAUCUAAAUGAUAUUCAUUGUCCUCUUUAAAUCCUCCACUAAAGGCCUCCUUGCUCUUGCUCGUCUCCUCUGAGUGGGUGCUCAUGUUUUUUCAUUAAUUUCUUGAUUUGUUCUGUUGAUUUAUUGAUGCCUGCUGGACAGUGAUUUGUGCGUUUUGAUGCUGUUACAAAAAAAUUGACACUAACAGAGGUUCUAGA